GAAGAGGCUUUCCUUUCUGAUCCAAACAUACUGUUGCCAACGUUCUGUUGAGACACUGGUCCUAUACCACACGUACAUCAAUUUGGAUACUGCUUGACACUUUUACCCCCUGAUACGAUCAACAAUGGAUCCAGUGGACCGCAUUCAGACAGCAUCUAGCUUUCUCUUACAAUCACCACCGGGAGAGAUCAACGAUGUCCUCAAUGAUGUCCGCAAUAUCAUAUCAGACGACGAUUCCCUGCAUGAAGGUGUCCUACCUGCGUUGAAAGAGUACAACAUUGCGCAGUUCAUCACUGUAGAGGUACCCGGAACUCAGCACCAGACGGUUGUCAGUGAGGCUGCGAGACUUGCUGUGGGGGAAGAUGAGGAGGAGAGAUUCUUGGAUCCUAGAUCGAAGACGUCGUUUCGGUUUGAUCAUUUGAGUCUAGAAGCGUCUGAUCCACAAAGUGUAGAGCCAGACGCAGAUGCAGAGCCAUUACGGGAAGCACUAGAAAAGUCGACUCUGGCUUAUUUGAGCGCGCAUUUCCACGAUGGCGUUGCUGCUGUGUUUUCUGCACCUGAAACCAACCGAUUUAUCAUUCAGAUAGUAGCCAACAAGUAUAAUCCUUCCAACUUCUGGGCUGGGAGAUGGCGAUCAGAGUAUACCGUGGACCUCAGCGAACACAAGGUGGAAGGCAAGGUGCUUGUUAAUAUCCAUUACUACGAGCAGGGAAAUGUCCAGCUGGCUACUCAUCACGACCAUUCUAUAUCGCUGCCACAGGCUAUAGUCACCUCCUCUCCAGCCCAAUCUGCUUCUAAAAUACUCGCUCUCAUUGAGGCCGAAGAGAGCAAUUAUCAGACAGCGAUAAAUGACACUUACCAUGAGAUGGGUGAAAAGACGUUCAAAGGGCUCAGACGCGCGUUGCCAAUGACACGAUCGAAACUUGACUGGGACAGGGUGCUGGGCUACAAACUCGGGGCUGAACUGACGGCGAGUAAGGGCGUGUUUGGGAGUGCAUGAAAAACUGUAAUCAGCUGUGUAACUGGCUUCGGCUUAGUGUACUAUUUUAUCCCGAGAUACAGAUCUGUAUUGAUUACCCUGGAUAAAUCUCGAAAGAUACACGUCCAGUUGUAUGUAUAGAAUUCUGUCUGAUGCUGA